CUCAGUCAUUUGGUUGUCCUUGAGAUCCGAGCAGGAGCAAAGCCAGCUGAACAUGAAGACUAACUUGCCAUCUCUGAAGAAAGGCGGCGAUACAGUAAAGAUGGAGCUGGGAAAGUUGAUGUCACUUUUAUAACUGCGUAGCGUUGGACCGGAAGGAAGUGGGUGUUAGCUGACUGACGUUAGCAAGCUACAUUUACGAAGUCUGCUGUGGCUUCUAUGGAAGAGAUGUCAGGAGAGAGUGUGGUGAGCUCGGCAGUGCCGGCAGCUACAACCCGGACUACAUCCUUCAAGGGCUCCAGCCCCAGCUCCAAAUAUGUGAAGUUAAAUGUGGGUGGGGCACUGUACUACACUACAAUGCAGACACUAACCAAACAGGACACGAUGCUCAAAGCCAUGUUCAGUGGCAGGAUGGAGGUCCUCACAGACAGUGAAGGUUGGAUCUUGAUUGAUCGCUGCGGUAAACAUUUUGGAACAAUCCUUAACUAUCUGAGAGAUGGAGCAGUGCCACUCCCAGACAGCCGACGGGAAACUGAGGAGCUGCUCGCUGAGGCCAAGUAUUACCUUGUCCAAGGCCUAGCUGAUGAAUGUACAGCUGCCUUGCAGAACAAAGAAACUUAUGAACCCCUUUGUAAAGUGCCUCUGAUGACAUCAUCUAAGGAAGAGCAGAAGCUUAUUGCAACAUCUAAUAAGCCUACUGUCAAACUGCUGUAUAACAGAAGUAACAACAAAUAUUCAUAUACCAGCAAUUCUGAUGACAACAUGCUGAAAAAUAUUGAGCUGUUUGACAAGUUAUCAUUGCGGUUCAAUGGUCGGGUCCUCUUCAUCAAAGAUGUGAUUGGGGAUGAGAUCUGUUGUUGGUCAUUUUAUGGCCAGGGGCGUAAGAUUGCUGAAGUGUGCUGCACCUCCAUUGUUUAUGCCACAGAAAAGAAGCAGACAAAGGUUGAGUUCCCUGAGGCGCGAAUCUAUGAGGAGACCCUCAACAUCCUGCUGUAUGAGUCCCAUGAUGGGAGGGGUCCAGACAAUGCCCUGCUGGAGGCCACAGGAGGCGCUGCAGGACGAUCUAAUCAUCUGGAUGAGGAUGAGGAGCGAGAACGAAUUGAGCGGGUUCGUAGGAUUCACGUCAAACGACCGGAUGAUCGCACACACCACCACCAGUGACCUGCCUCCCACGACCUCUCAGCCUGUGUCUCUGACCCCGGACAGUCUUUGCACCAUGCUUGUGCCUUACAUCACCCAGCGCCUCUAUGUCUCACUUCCACUCUUAUUUUACCAGCUCUCUUUAGGUGACUACUAUGAGAUGAGUGUCAUACUACAGUGUGUAGUGGUAAAGUGAUUUUGUGCGUGAUUGUGUGUCCACUUGUCAUCUUUUGUUGUGUGGUCUUACAGGCUGUAAUGUUUGUUAGUCAUGAUAACUCCUUUCACUGUUUUCUGCUAGAGUGCAAAAGCCCACAGACAUGGAUCUUUGCAGUCAGCAAUGCAGGUGACCACAGUUUCACCUAAAUGUGUGAAGAAAAUGAAAAUAAUAUUGUCAGUGAACAUUUGUUAAUUGAGGUCCUAACUAGAUUAGAUCCAGGAGAACAAGAAUUAUAUCAUGUAAGCAGCUAAAAUUUAAUGUACAUACUUUGGCUUCUCCUUACCAAGGUCCUGACGGGUCCACUGUAAGGUCAUCAGUGGAUGAUCCAGGUAUUGUACACAAUGGGGCCACAUGGGGGCACUGUAUUACUCUUAGAUGAUGUUAACCAGGCUAUUUUGUAGCCUGCAGAUAAUACCAAUUAAACCUUUUUAAAAAAAAUUAAUGAUUUUUGAUACAGUUAAGAUAUCACAGGCAGAUGCAACAUUUCACUGUAGAGCUUCUGCCAUAUUUAGUUUUACCAUAAUGCAUUUUCCCUUCACCUCACUACAUGAUAAUUAUUUUCAGUGGAGGGAACUUGAGCCGUGACCUGAGGUGUUAAAUGUACCAGGGUGAUUGAAUGAUGGAUGCUGAAUUUGAAGUGAAUGACCGUAACCAGAGAUCUCCCCAGCAGGAAAGGAAUCCUGUGUACAAGCUUUUAACAGGGAGAGAAAUUAGACCUGUCUUUCAUCGCUGCAUUCAUCAGAGAAUGUACUGUUUGCACACAAUAGGUUUAAGUUGAAAUUUGUCUAACAAUUGCAGUUCUUGUAGGUCUGAUGUACAGAUGUGAACAUAUAUGUAUGUUUUAUAUUUAUACCUACUUUAUCACAAAUAAAUUUCUACAAACGUUA